AAGUGGUCUGUAUAAAAAAUUAAAAAUUUCCACUUCGCAAUUUAAAUGUUUUUCAGCAGCUGCAAGGAUUUUCAAUUGACAGCUGUAGAAAUAAGUGUUGACUGUGUGCAAGUGCAGUGAAGUGAAUGAUUGCAUGAAACCGCAAAUAAAAUAUUAAAAUAAUAGCAUAAAUACUACACGAAAUAUAAAGAAAUAAAUAAAUAAAAAAUUAAAAAAAAAAAACCAAAGUGUUUAGGGUAACAGAAUUGAAAAUCCCUAAACUCUAAUGGAGUGAAUGUGCUAGUUUCUUAAAAAAUUUGAAUACAAAACGUUGAAACUUCAAGCUCAAGAUGAGGAAAUAAAAAUGAAAAUUUGACACACGCAAACGCCACAUAAGACAGCUGAGCCGAGCAUACAAUGUCUGCAGCUWUCUUCUGUUUUUAUAUUCGCAAAACCGGUGAUUAGGAAGUGUUGCACCCUAACGUUCUAAUGCAGACGAUAUGGGCACAACAUGGCCUCAGCACAUAUAUUACAAUACUACAGCAACACUAGAACUAAAACAGCGGCAGCGGUAUCCACAAAAACAACAACAGGGACAACAAUUCCGCAACAUUGUUACGAGCGAAACACUUCCGGCACACCAGAGGCAUGUCUCAUCACUAACGAGCGGAAACAAUUUGCAGACGAGUCAUCAGCAACAGCUGUUAGUAAAAMUACAACAACAACAACAAAGGCAUCUAGAGCAAUAUCGACGGCAUUGUUAUCAUAUUGUCUGCCGCCCAUUGCAACAGUCGACAAUAUUUGGGGUCACAGCAACGCGGUCACGACGCCACUUCAAGAGCCGACUAACGAUCAGAAACUGCAUAGAACCAAGCUACAGGUGCUGCAUGAGAGUACUGCAAACGAAGUUAACAAAGGGGUAUAUAACAGUUUUGAAACGCCAACGCCAUGGAAACCAACUGCUGCCACAAAGCGACCAAGCUCCAGGCCAACAGACCCGACGCUGUCGCCGAAACAGAAAUCACACGAAGCUGCAGAUGAUAUUCAUACGUUUCGUUUCGUGGACAGUGGUAGGAGAGGCAGAAGCAAAAGUGAAAGCGCAGAAAGCUACGGUGACUUGCCAGCAGAACGCCCUCAGAGACUGCAACAACAACAACAGAAACAGCAAAAACGUUGGCAUUCGGAAAGCAGAAGCGGAGCAUUGUUGUGUGAAUGGACAAGAGCUAAAGGUAUUGCAAAUAUGUCAAGUGCAGGUGUGUCUAACGCCAACCAACAACAACAAGGACUGGGCAGUGAUGUUGCCGACAAAUUUGUUGGUGUUAUUGCAAGUUUACGCAAAACAUCUACAAGGAAUUGCGCUCGACAGCGGUCACAAGCUAUUGCUUACACGCACUGUGCACAAACAAAGGAGAAACAUAACAACACAAACAACAAAACCAAAUGCUGCCAAUCAAACGAAACGAAACAAAGCGAAACACACAACGUUGCCAGAGACUGCCACGCAGCUGGGGAAUGCGAUUGCUGCUGCAAUUCGCAUAUCUUUUCGUCAUGUACACGCCAAUCUUCCAGAAAUGCUAUCGAACAGCAACAACAACUACAACUCAGCGGUCUUUCAAACGGCUCCAACCAAGAAUUUUCUCAGCUGCUUGCCGACAGCUGCUGGUCGCUCUCUUGCAAUGCUGCACCUCAGCUACUCAAACAACCACAAACAGCAACAACUGCAACAACUGCAACACCUUUGCAAUCACAAUCCACAACAACAGCAAAAGUCACAAAUGAACAACGAAGUAUAUUUCAAUACAAAAGCAACAAAAAUAGCAAAUUGUUCUACAAGAGGGGUGUUGCGAACGAACUCUAUUUGGAAAGAGCUGCUGCAGUUGAUGCUGACUUUGGUGGCGGUUGCGGCACAAUUCUAUCUACGCUGUGUUGCUCUGUGCGUUCGAAGCUUCUGCUUGCCGUGGCCGACCUGCAAGCCCUGUCACGCGCUCUUUUCUCACUCAUCAUUAUCUUCAACAUGCUGCCGCUAUUUUAUGCAGUUGCUGCUUCUGAAUUAAGAGCCAGCGGCGGUCCAAAUCCAGCGGCGCAUCCUUGGAUACCCGUUGUGGCUUACUUGGAAACUCUGCCGAGACCAACGAAACCGCCAAAAUGCGACCAGACAUUCGUUUCACGUAUUAGCGGCCCACAGAAUGGCACAUUCACCGCGCCGUUGCUGCACAAUCACAAGAACCAUUCGCGUCAGUGCUUGUACACUUUCCUAGCAGGACCCGGGCAACGCGUCGAAGUACUUUUUACAUCGUUUAAUUUAAGAGGAAGUCCACCAGACGGUUCUGCCGUCGGUGAAUUACCAGCCUGUGUUCACGAGUACAUGGAUAUAUAUUCCGAAGUGCAGUCGUCAGAUCCAGCUGAACUAAUAAAUUCUCCGUUUGGUGGACGAUAUUGCGGUACAAUACCGCCACGAAGACGUAUCUCCAUGUACCGAGCUAUAGCCAUCUCAUUUUUUACCAACAAAAAUGUAUCAACACCCGACUUAUUCGAAGGAACUUAUAGAUUUAUAAAUGCAUCUGAAUAUGAAAUUGGGAUACCAAUAGCGGGUUCACCAUGUUCCUACACCAUUACGCCUAGCAUGAGUAUCAAUAAAACUGGGGCACUCAUAUCGCCAACUUAUCCGGGUGCCUAUCCAAAAGAUAUGUCAUGCACAUAUCAAUUCCUCGGCGAAUCGAAUCAAAGGGUUAGAUUAGAAUUUCGAGAUUUUGAUCUAUUUUUUGGUGGACCACACUGCCCAUUUGACUAUGUCAAAGUGUAUGAUGGUCCCGAUAAUUCGUCAGCAUUAAUUGGUACAUAUUGCGGACAGCAAAGGAAUUUAGUUUUAUACUCAAGCGAAUCGAGCCUUUUUGUUCAUUUUUAUACAUUGCCGAGAACAGCGAAUACCCAAAAUCGUGGCUUUAAAGGAAUUUAUGAAUUUAGCGAAAGUUUUGUUAAAUUAGAUUUUAUACGCGAAAAUGAUGGCAUUCACAUACGUGGCUCGGAAUGUGAUCAAAAGAUAUUAUCGAGGAAGGAAUCAACGGGUUUUGUGCUCUCACCAAAUUAUCCCUAUCCAUAUAUACCGAAAACUGUGUGUAGAUACUUCAUUUACGGCAUGCAAGAUGCGCAGCAUCUCGAACGUGUUCGUCUGGAGUUUUCCGCUUUCAAUAUACCCAAGGUAGAGCACAAGGACAAAAGCGAGUCCAAUUGCACAGACGGUUAUCUUAAAAUCUAUCUGAAGGGACAGGAAACAGCAGAUGCCUAUGACAAAUUUGACUAUGAGUUAUGUGGCAAUGAAACGCAGCGAGUGCUUAGCGAUGGACCACGCUUGGCAAUGGUCUUCAGUUCGGGUGAACUACAGGGUCGCGGUUUCAAGGGUAAAUACACCUUUGAAACUGAAUAUAAAAUACCUGGCACAGCCGCACCCGAUGGCACGUGCAGCUUCACAUAUGUAAGCAGUUCAAAGAAACGUGGCGAACUGAACAGUCCUCGCUAUCCAUCCAACUACCCAUCGGACACGAAUUGUUCGUAUCUGUUUCUAGGUGAACCGAAUGAGCAGGUCACGAUCGUCUUUGAUCAUUUCAAGAUAAAAGCGGAUGGUAACUCAAAUGCAACGGCUGGAGCAUAUGGUUCUAGCGCUUGCUUUGAAGAUUGGCUGGAAAUGUAUGUUGUUUAUCGUGAUAACAACGAUCGUUUUCUUGGUCGCUACUGUGGUUUGACAGCACCCGGCCCCGUUGAGAGCCCAAGGGGUGCGGUGGGUCUGCGUAUCACAUUGCAUACGGAUCAAGAGAACGUGGCUAGCGGCUUCAAAGCGCGCUACUUUUUCGAAUCUCCGCGCUCCGAUGUGGCCGAAUGCGGUGGCAACUUCUCAGGUCAGGACUCGGGUAUUAUCACCUCUCCCAACUACCCAGCGGGCUAUAAGGCACCCAGUCGUGGCAUGGCUUCAAUGGCAUGCAAUUGGAUAAUGACGGCACGGCCGGGUUAUAAGUUAUCAAUUAACUUUGAGCACUUCUCCAUCGAAGGCGAUCCAGCAAAUCGUGGCUGUCCUGCUGCUGUUUUGCGACUUUGGGUCAAUGUCGAUUCAGACCAACCGCCAUUGGAAUUGUGUGGCGAAAAGCCACUAAUUGAACAGUGGUAUUAUAUUUCCACUGGACAAACUGCUCGUAUCAGUUUCACAACCAGCGACAAAACCGUUGGUGCUCCGGGCUUCCGUAUUGUAUGGACUGAAAUACAAGACUCUGGUCCUGGACCCCCGUCCAUUGGACUGCUCUGUGAAUCAACAUACCACUUCCAAUGCGACGUGGGCUACUGCAUUUCCGAUAAGCUACGUUGCGAUGGCGUCAAGAACUGUGGUCCCGGUGAUGAUAGUGACGAAUUGCACUGUACCACACAAGCGCCCGAGGAGGAUCACGGCGUUCUAAUUAUAAUAACACUAAUCGUCGUCUCGUUCCUAAUCUGUCUCCUAUGCACACUCUGUCACUCCAAAAGAAAACGUAGAGCGCAUGUGCGCCAACUGGGCCUGCAUCGCAAUGCGCAUUACGAUUCACAAACCAGUGCAACUGGUUUGAGUUCCAGUCGACGGCAUUUGCAAGGCGGUGCGAGCAUAUCGGGUAGUCUGCAUGGCAUCAAUAGCGGUUCAUUGAUGAUACCACCAGCGCCCCUGCCACCCACAAGCGUACCACCACCGCCGCACAUCUGCAUUGCAGGCGUCGACGGCCUCAGCGCGGGCAUACUAAUAAACGAUGACGACGGCCUGGACGAUGACGACGAAAUCGAUCUGGACAAUGUGCAGCACGAGAUAUUCAUUAACGAUGUACGAUUCGACGAUGAGGAGAACCACUUGGAGCAAAUGCAUCAUUUGGAAAACGUUUAACAAUUGGUGAAGGUUUUGGGCGGCAGUAGAGGCGUUAUCCCAUUGUUGCAACAAUAUGCGGCAUUUUAUAGAAAUUUACAAGCAUAGGAACAGAUUUAAUUUACAAUAAUAAGCAUUAAUGAAUAAUAGCGAAAACAUUAGUAUUAAUAGCUGUACGAGUACAUCAUUAAGUCAGGUUUUUAAUAACAAAAUAAAUCAAUAAAAUCUAAUUCCCACGAAUUAAUAUGAAAUUUGAAGAAAAUAACAACAAAACGUUGCAUGAAAUAACAUGAAAGAAACAAAAUGCAGCAAAUUCAAAAACGCCAAUGGUUCGGAGAAGUCAAUGUUAGUGAGCACUGAAGGGAACUGUCAGAAAACAUGAAAGGGAUGAAAGAGUGAGUAAGAACAAAUAUUCUCUUCAAAUAUUAAGGGAAUGUAAGACGCGAAAAAUUAUUGGGGUUUGAUUGGGUUUAACGGUAUUUUACUGACUUUUUUAUUCUUAAGAAAAACUCGUAUAAAAAUAAUAUAUACAUAUUUGUGUCCGCGCGACAUUUGGAAGAUCACCUAAAACAACUUGUUGUAAAAUAAUUUCCAUAAAUUUAAUAUUUAAUAGUUAACAGUACUGCGAAGGGUAGGAAGCGAGAUAGCAUUUUGACAAAGCUUUUUAUUGUGAAACAAAGUAAAAAGUAAUGAACUUAAGGCGAAAUUGAAGCGAGUGGAAAAUCUAAAAUGAAAUAAAUUUAUAAUUAAUAGUAAAAAACAACAAAAACAAAAAGAACAAAAAGACCAAAUCAUAAAAAGGCUCAUUAGAGAUAAUUAAAGAAUAAGUUAUAUAUAUGAAACAGCAUAAAAUAGUAAACGAAAAUAAAACGGUAAAUCUCAUUCAAAGUGAAUUCAUGGCGAAAAACAAAAUAUUGUUGAUUUUUAUAUUUGAUACGAUUUAGAAGCAUUAUACAUUUAUUAUUCGUAAGACCACAGCCACAUUGACCAGUAAACAAAAACAACAGAAAGUUGAGACAAAAAACAGCACACAAUUGACUCAAAACAAAUCACGCAUUCUAUCUCUUUUCUACACUCGUUCUGUAUCUUUUUCAACACUCAGCAAAUCAAUCAUCCCCCCAUCCUCGAGCCGCUCGAGACACUUGCACGCAAACACGAAGAACGCGUACGCGCAGAAUGAAGCAGCAUGCCACAUCAAUAAUAAUGAUUCUAAAAUGAGCUCAAUACGUUAGUAAAUAUACAAUAAAAACAAUACGUACGAGUGUUAUUGCGAGUAAAUAAACAAAAUAAAUAAAUAGCAUACAUAUUUAAGUACAUACAUACAUACAAAUUUGAUAGUAAAAUGCCAUAAAAACAAACGAAAGAAGCGUAACAAACGUCAAACACUCAUACAUAAUACCUUUUUGAUGGCAAUAUUGCGUAUUUAUUACGAUAAAAAACUACGAAUGUGACAACAAACCGACGACCAACAGACGAGUUGCUGCUCAGCCGUCGUGCGACUACACUGAAUAAUAAUAAUAAUCAAUUAGUGACUAUCAAAACUGCAUCUUCCAAAAUAAGUAAUUAAAUAACAAAUAAACAAAAUACAAAGGCACUUAAAUAUAAAAAUAUAUAUUAUAUAAUGAGAUCUUUACCUUGGACACUGGCAUUAGGUAAAACAAAGAUAAAAAUUUAUUAAACGAAAGCAAAAUAGUGAAAAUGCGUAUAAAAAGGGAUUGUAGCAAAUUUGAUAUUGAGAUUGAGUAACGGAGAUGAGAAAUAACGGGUAUACAUAUAAAAAGGGUUAAAGAUAAGGUUAUCUUAAAAUAGAGAAUAUUUUUAUAUCAUUUUUUUAUAUUAAUUAUUUAAAUCAUUAUUUCUUAUUUACAUGUGUUAAGGGUAUAAAAAAACGACGGGUUUUAUAACAGGCUUUUGUUUUAACUUAUAUUUCAUGCUAAUGAAGUUCCACAGUUGGACAUUCGGUAAACAGAAAACAUUGAAAAAUAAAUAAAAUUCAAUUCGCAAUAUUUUUCACUGCUUAAUUACAAAAAAAUUACAAUUAUAAAAAAAAAACAUUUUGCUCAAUUGCGGGAAAAUAUAUUUKUAUCUUUGUUUUCAUUGAUUUUUAAUGAUUGUGUACUCGUUUUCAUGCGUAUGUACUCGCAUACGCGAACUGCAGGCACAGCGCGCAGUGAAAAAAGAUGUAAAAUAACGUGUUGAAAGGCAAAAAAUGAAGAAGCAACUAAAAAAAUAUCAGUUUCGUCUAGAAUUAAGAUUAAUGAAUGCAACUAAAGUUAAACACUAAUUUAAAUGUUGGUAGUAAAUUAAAAAAAAAAAAAAA